GAACUAAAGGACAGAAAAACAAGAGUUUCACAAAACAGCAUGCAUCUCUAGAAGAUCUGUACAAGGUUCCUGCAGUCACAGAUUUAAUCCUGCUCUGUCAAGGUGAGCUCCGGACAAGUAACCAAGAACAGGGGAGAACACCUGACAGACAGACACUCAUGAUGGAUUCCCAGCCUGUACAAGCUGCAGUGUUACAGAAAGAAGAGGAAAAGACAGAGGAAUCAAAAGUGACACCGUCACACCAUGUGACCACUGAUCCUCCUCCUCCAUACUCACCUCCAGCUGGAUGCAAUGUGGCAGGUGAAUACCUACCACCAGUUCCAGCUACAGCAGAAAAAGGAAUUGUUUGCCCAUCUGAACUCCAAGCCAAGAGCAGCAAUCCAGAAGAUUUACCCACUGCAUUUUAUCGAUCCAGAACUGGAAGUCUUCACUCCAUCAGUGGUCUACAAGAAAUGCCUCCCUCUGAUUGCAUGGUUGACCCUGACACACCUGGUAACCCCUUUGAUGAUGCAGCAAUCUCCAGGGCGUUUAUCAGGAAGGUGUAUGGAGUUCUAAUUGUGCAGCUGCUGGUGACGUUCUCUAUUGUCUGUGUCUUCACAUUCUCUACUGCUGUGAAGAAAUUUAUAUGGAAACACUUUUGGAUUUAUAUUACUUCAUUUGCUGUCUUUGUUGUGGUAGCCCUUGCUCUCAGCUUCAGUGGAAAUUUUAGACGCCGUUACCCCUGGAAUAUUAUUGGACUGAGUAUCGUAACGUUAAGUCUCUCAUACAUGGUAGGCUGUGUGGCUUCAUUCCAUGACACACAAUCAGUGAUGAUAGCUUUGGGCAGUACAAUUGUCAUCGCUUUCUCCCUUCUUGUCUACUCCAUACAGACAAGGUUUAGUUACACCUGCUGCUAUGGGACCCUUCUCCUUCUCGUGGUCAGUGCCACUAUGUUUGGAUUCUUCUGCAUCUUCUAUUACACCAGACCACUGCAUGUGUUCUAUGGAAUUCUGGGAGCCAUCAUCUUCUCAGUGUUCCUGGCUGUGGAUGCUCAGCUGAUAGUGAUAAACCAGCGGUACGGGCUCAGCCCUGAAGAAUACAUUUUUGGCUCUCUUAUCCUUUAUCUUGACAUCGUCAUGGUUUUCCUGUACAUCCUCAUGGCAAUGGGGGGUGGAGGAAGCAACAACUGAUGAAAAUGCAGAAGCUUUCCCAGGAUACAGAGACUGUAAACAUAGUCAUUUCCAUGGAAGUAGCUGUUCUGUUCUAAACAACUAUAUGUGCCAGUACCUACAUGAGCCACAUGUGGGGGGGGGGGGGGAUUCCAUCAGAAGCACACCUAAAGCACAUCAUUAGAACUCAAGAAAAAAAACAGAAUAUGAAACUGACUACUGGUGUUGCAUAUGGUGUUCCUGAAUACAGGUGCUGUAUAUGGUGUUCAACCAGAGAUAGUCUAAAUCAGUUGACCUGUCUUAUGCAAGUGUGCAAUGGUAUCAAUAAUUUUGAUUACAUAAAAUUGGUUUUCUGCAGUAAAAAUGAGGUAUAGCAAUAAGGAAGUAGCAAUGAUGCCAUUAGGAAUAAAUAUAUGCAUUCACUUUCAGAAUAGAGCUGUAGCUUUCCAGUUCGUACUUCACAGGACAUAAAAUGUGCUUAACUACAUUUACAAUAUUAUUUGCUAACCACUCAUAUAUUAUUGCUGAGAUAAUUAAUGGAUGCAUUUGCAACUUUCAAGUUUUAAUAGGCCGGCCAGCUACAUUUAAAUCAGAGCUGUAAUGAUCCCAGUAAAAUUCUGUCUUUUAUUUGAAGCUGCAAAGUGUUCUAGUACUGAGGCCUAGGUUUGUAAUGGCAAGAAUUUAAAAUCUCAAUUGUUUGGCAAAUUUCUGACUUUAGAAUAGAGUAACAACACAGCAAUCUGAUUACUGCACAGCCAUUUCAAAAUACAACUAGUAAUAAAGCAUUUGAUAGCUUAACAUUUCCUAUCAACCUAGUGUCAACAAAAGUACAUUAUGAAUUGUAAGCGAUGCAAGUUAGUAAAAUUAUUAAAGGUCAGUAAAGUUUU